ACUCACAGAAGAAGAAGAAGAGGAAGCAUCGUCGGCAGUAGAAGAAGAGUGAGGGACUGUUGGCGCUCCUUGGUCAGCAGUAGUACACAGGGCGUCAGUGGCGAUUCGUUACUACUACAAGUACUAGUUUAUUGUUAUUUUACCAGGUAAACUGAUAGAAAACAGAACCGUUAACAGUUGUAGAAGAUUAUCGGGCAUCAGCUCGGCCAGCUUCCUCAGUGGAUGUGCGUCACACGAAGCAGGGAUGAGAGCGCGUCUGUGCGUGUGAAGGAGCCAUGUUGAAGCGACUCCUAAUGCCGUGUUUUCAAAAGCGGUGCCGUCAAUGUGCUGUGUGAAGAGGGAUCAUCUCGAAUAGUGGAGGAACCGCGAAACACACCGAGAUGUCAGCGGACGAUUUCCAGACUCUGUACGCCUCCUUCAUGGACGGCAUGCUGAAGAGCGCCGUGGCAGAAACCACGAAACUUUUCGAAACUAUGGUGGACGAGUUGAAGGCAGAAAUAUCCAGAAUGAAGAAGGAGAAUGAAGACCUCAAAACACGAUGUAGUCUGUAUGAAAGUGCAAAAAGCCAAACGGCUGAUCACGGAGAAAAUAACACAGUUUCAGGACAAAAUGACGGCUCUGAGAAACGCGACAGUGCUGUCCAGUGUGAUCUUGUCCCUGUCCGUGCAGUGCUGGUGGAGCACUGUCAGUCACUGCAAAACCAAAUGCAGCAAUACACUUUUGAGGGCAUACUAGAGCACAACUACAUUGCUCAUGAAAUCAAACAAGAGGAAUUGGAGACUGUGUUGAAGCAGGAGGAAGUUGAGCCCACUGUGGUUUGUGGACAAGCAGGUUUGCUGCAGGCCUCUGUUAGUGGAGCUGAAAAUGAAGAACCUCUUGCAAGGCAGGAAAGUUCAACACAAAAUGUAGAGACCAGACUUCUGGAGCCACCCUGUUUGCAAAUGGGUAGCAGUGUACAAGGAACCCAGAACCAGUCAUCUUACACAGAGCCUACAAUUGCUAUUUCACUAGCUGCAAUAAAGGAAGACCUGCAAGAAGAGUCUGAGUUUGAUCAGACUGUAUUAGAAAAAAGGAUGCAGGGAGAACUCACAAUAUCUGGAAAACACCAAUCAGUCCCCCAGCACUGUCAAGGGGACACUGACACAUCAGUAAAUGAACAAUCUGAUAUGCACCAUACAGAGAAUCAGUCAGAGCCUAAUCUGCUUGUACGCCAUAGAAGAGGACCUCCUCCAAAGAAAAUGAAACAACACAGACUUCAGUCAUCAUCAGUUGAUGUUUCAAGAGAACAGAAGGGGUUAAAUUUGUGUUUGGUAAGAGAGGAGGGGGUAUUCUUGCAAACAUCUCCAGAUCAGCCUCAAAAGACUUCAUCUGCCAUCACUCCAUCAGUGCAGGACAGAUUAUACCCUGCUUUUGAAGACAUGGAGAACGGAAGGGUUGAUUCUUUGCCGAUAUCGGUUUCAGUUGCAAUUCAUUCUCCAUUAACUGAAGUUUCAUCUGCAAACGAAUCACUGGACACCAGACCAGCAGAUUCAUCACAAGCACCAUCAAGUCACCUCAAUGACUGCCACACCUCAGUCACACUUCAGGAUGCAAUGCUGCUAGUUGAAGCCAUGAAUCAGUCAACAGUGGAAAAUGCAGUCACCCAAGAAAUGGCACCACCUGAGACCCAUUCUGCUCCCUGUGAGGGUACUUUGCAAAUGGUGGACAAGAUCCCAACAGAGCCAACUUCUGUUGAGACUCCUCACAUUACAGAUGCCAUUGCAACCAGUGAAGUUCAUGCCCACAUUGCGGUUGUCAUACCAAAACAAAAACGCGCACCUUCUCCUUUUAAUACUACUACAUUGUCAUUGUCACCAUCAGCCACAGCACCUAAAACCACCGCACAGUCGCUUACUCAUCCUUUGAUGUCAUUGACAGCUCCCAGUAAACCAAAUAAAGCAGUACCUCAUGCAAUCAUCGUCAUGCCAAAGUCAAGAUCUUCAUUUACGUCUCAAAAAGUUGCCGCGGUGUCUCCAACCCAGCUUUCUACUGGGGCAUCGUCAGCACAGGAUUGUUCUUCUAAAGUUGUAGGGUUACCACCCGAUACAUCUUCCCAUUCUUCUGUUCCCCAGACAGUAAAUGCUACCUCCAGAAAUUUUUUUCCAGUUUUCCCCUCACAGUUACCCACAAACUCAGCAGAACAGCACUUAGGGACCUUAUCACACUCAAAAGCACUUACAAUUCCAACACAGUUGUCAGCUGUGGCAUCAAGGAAACAUCAGUCACAGACUACUGUACUGACAGUAAAGCAAAAUAGUGCUGAACCAACCGCUCCAGUUACAGAGUCAUCGACCCAACUGAUUUUCUCGUCACCGGAGUCGAGUAUUUCUGCUUUACACAAUCCAAUAUUGUCUCAAAAAAAUGACGAUACCACUGACAGCCUAGAAACCUCCAAACAAACUGCCUCUGUUUCUGGAACCAAAGCCUGUUCCAGUUUAAUAAUGUCAGAUGGACAAGUACCAACAUCUGUGUUUCCAGUGUUGCCACCAGCUGUUGAACAGAAACUCAUGGCAGUGGUCAGAUUAACCAGACUGCCAUUUCCAGUAUCAACCAAAGAAUCCUUCUUGGUCUCAAGACUGUUAACACAAGAGAAGCCAUUGAGACAAACGGUGUCUCUUUCAGAAGUGCCAGCCUUAUCCUCCAGUAGUUGUUCCAGUUUAACAGAAACAUCUGUUGCUGUGUCUGCAAAUGCCUCCCAGAUGACAGAUAAGUCAGAUAAUCACGUAUUGUUUUCAGAAACCCCUAAUUUGGCCAUGGAAAUAUGCAGCAAUGAAGUGCAGGACAAACAAUCAGAUGCCCACCUACAGGUACCCAUCAAGGACACACCUGACCCUCCAUCACCAGCAGAAACUCCGUUGCUGGCAGAAUCACCAAUACAAGUAACAACAAAGGCAACCUCUGAUAAUUUUACAGAUGCCAGAGUUUUAUUCUCAGAGACCAGAACCUGUGACCAGAAAAGCUUACAGAAAAAAUUGCUUGUCGCCCGACUGCGAAGUCACCUGAAAUCUCACUCAAAGGCUAGACGACCUGAAGCAACACCAAAAUUCUGUUCUGCAUCCCCGAUAAGGUCGACCAGAGAAGGAGCUACUCCUAUAGAGACUGAAUCUACUGCUGUUAGUCUGCGGAGCUGUAGUUAUAGUAAAAAUGAUGCAAGCUCUAAAAUGUCUGGGAAUUCCACUUUCACUAUAAACAGUCCUGGCAUUAAACAGAUUAAAAAGGAAUUCAGCUCUCCUUUCAGACUUACAAGGUAUAGUAUGCAGACAGAUAGUACUAAAAAAAGUAACAGUGAAACUGUUUCUCAAAGUGUUGAAGGCCCUAUCAUGGCUGAAACCCCCAGAAGGAGUGUUAAAAUUCUAAAUUCUGUCAAGCUAGCUAAAGCACCAAAAGCUAAAACGAUAGCUAAAAUGAGAAAUUCUCACAAAUCAAAAUUGCAGAAACACCAGCUAGCAGAGAAUCAGGGCAAGUGUGAAAUUGUGAAAAUAUGUAGAGCCAAAGUGUGGAUUCCACCUGUAAUGCCUGCUGAUAAAAUGCCUCCAGCAGGAGAAAGAAAAUCAUUGCUGUCAUCUGUUAAUACAGAGACAAAACCAAACAAGCAAAGCUUUGUCUGUCCCUCACUAGUUAUUAGAGCAUCACCUGUUGUCUCGCCCUUAGAGCCAUUGGCAGUCAUAGGUAGGCAUCUGUUGAGGAACCAGUGUGGGGAAUGCGGUCGCAUCCUCAGCAGCAGUGCUGCACUGGAGAGCCAUGUUGGUCUCCACACAGGUCGAAGGCCAUUCUCAUGCACACUUUGUGGAAAGAGUUUUCCAGAUGUGAAGAGUUACAAACGGCAUGGCCGAGUGCACCGAAAUGGCAGGAUCCAUAUCUGCCAGCAGUGUGGGAAGGGUUUUGUCUAUCGUUUUGGCCUCACCAAGCAUGUCCAGAUGGUGCACAGCAAGAUAAAGCGUUUCAUUUGCCAGAUCUGCAACAAGGGAUUCUUUACAAAACGAGAUGUGGAAGUUCACAUCCGGAUACACACUGGAGAGAAACCAUUCCAUUGCAACUAUUGUGACAAAAAAUUCACAAGGAGAGUGGAGCUGAAUGUGCAUUUGCGAUGGCAUAAUGGCGAGAAAAGACAUUGGUGUCCAUACUGUGGAAAAGGAUUUUUAGAUUUUAAUAACUUAAAAAGGCACAAAUAUAUCCACACGGGGGAGAAACCACACUCCUGCCCACACUGCCCCAAGCAGUUCACACAGUCAGGCCACCUGAAAAAGCAUGUUAAAAAUGUGCACAAAGCACAGUGAGGGACGGACAUCCAAGAUGGAACCUUGACGAACUGACAGCAGUGAUUAGAAAUAGCAUCAUCAGAGAUGAUGUGAGACAACAUGCUGUUUUUUCCUUGAUGUAAUGCACUUGUACAUCAAAUGCAUUUUUUUGUAACGUGUUCAUCACAACAUAUUUUUUGUUUAGAGAGAAUAGUUUCAGUACAAGAAGAUAGCAUGUAGAUAUAUGGAAAAAAAGUUUACGUCAGAGAAUGGGCUCAUGGGCUAUAGUUAUUUCUGGAUAAGUAAUUUGUUCCCUUUACUAGCACUUACGCAGCGUCGCUGUUGGUUGCAUGGCAACCUUACAGCAAGUACAAGGAAGUUGCUGCACCCAUUUUAAGAUUUGCCAUCUCUUUUGUUCCCAUUGCCUCAAUUCCUCGCAUCUCCUUUCCCUUCCAACCUGUGCACAAACAUGCACAGGAUUUGCUGGAAUUGCGUGCAGCAUGCUCUUAAGUUUAACUGUGAAAAUAUCUAUAAUUGGAAGUUAUUGAUACAGUUUAUAUUAUUUAUACUGCCGUUUCUAUUCCAUAGUUUUUUACUGCUGCUAUUGCACAAAUGGCAAUAAAAGUUAACUGUACUGCUUUUACAGUAACUUAUCACCUCAAACAAGUUUUAAGUAAAAUUGCAUCUGUAUUGGACGCCAGGUGACUUUUCACCAUGCAAGAAUUCGAUCAGUUGAAUGUUUUUGCAAUCUUUGCUUAAAUUCUUUACAUCCAAUGAAUGUAACUUGACUGCUGACACAAUUUCAUUCAAGUACAGUCUGAGCAGAAACACUUUAGUUUCACUUGAGCACAUCCACAAACCACAUCUGAUGAUGUCUUGACAUGAGUGUUGUGAAUGUACUUGUGUUAGCUUUAAAAUGUCUCCUCAUGCUUUGCCUAGACAUACCUAAACAGGAUGUGUCACUGUUUGUUUUGGUAUUUUGUUUAAUAUUGUGCAGUUUUGCUUGGGAAAAUUCUUUUUUCUCAUGGAAAUGUUUGAAGCGUUAGGUAUAUUCAAAACAAUGUUGAACAACAUUGACUCGUCUUUUAGAAUUCUAAACUUCAUCUAUAUCAUUGUACACAUUGUGAAUUUGCACCAAUUUGAUUGCUGUCAAAUCAAGAUGUAUAUUUUUGUUGGUCAUGUCAUUGGAGAAUACGGGUAAUAAAUGUAAAUUUGUUCAAAAAAUUUUUAAUUUUUUAUGAGAUUUAAAAAAAAAAUGUUGGUCAGCGUUUAACGUCUUAAUUUUCCCUAAAUUUAUAUAAUGUACAUUAUUAAACACCUCUUCCGUUAUUUACUACAGCUUGUAUAAUAUGUCAGCUGCUAAUUAAGCACUUUAUAUUCUAAAAUGGCUGAAGGCUUGACUUUACAUGGUUGAUCCAUGUGAUGGUGAUGCGAUGCCACCUGCCAAGGCUGUGUCCUGAGGUUUUCCACCAUGUCAGCGGAAACCAACAGGAUAAACCAGGCAUAGUACAUUUACAGUCAUUAAAAACUUUGAGACCAUA